AAAGCGAUUUGGAUCCCAAAAAACCAUACAAGUGCGAAGCUUCAAAUUCUAACGGAAAAUUAGUAUCUGAUAUUACUGCACCAUCAAUACGUGUCAAUAAGCCUACUAUUGCUCUGAUGAGUAGAAAGGAGGGUGACAGGAUUGUGUUGGAGUGCCAGCUGCUUGAUUAUUUCCCAGAGAAAAUUACGGUAAAUUGGUUUGAGGGUGAUAAUCAUGUCAAAGGUCAAAUUGAUAAGAAGUUUCAGAACACUGAUAAAGGCGAGAAAAAGUACACUUUCAUAAGUCAGUUAUCCAUCAGUGCCCAAUAUGAAGACAAAAGGUACGCUUGUAAAGCCACCCACAACUCUGAAGAAUUCAAGAAAGAAUAUGACAUGUGCAUGGCCAAGCCUUUGUCCAAACCUUCAAUCCAAAUGAAGAAAUCUCAUCUCAGAGACAUUAUACUUGAGAAUAAGGUCACAGUUUCCUGUGUUGUUGAAACACCAGACAACACUAAAGUGUCAUGGUUGACAGAUAGUGUAAGGAAAACAGCCACCACAGAAUACAGAGACCAAUUCAAUAAUAUUGUGAGCAACUUGACUUUGUCCAGAAAUGAUUGGUUGACCCUUAAGACCGCCGUUGUUUGUACAGCUAAACAUCCAUGUUUCCCAGAAGUGAAGGAUGAAAUUCAAACUGUUAAUAUAAAGACAGAUCCUGUAGUGGUGAUCAGGAGGCGUUUCGUGAAAUCAACGCAGACAGACAGUCCUGUGCUGGAGUGUGUUGUAAAUGGUCUCCCGUCUGGUGAGGUCUGCAUCAACUUCCAGGCAAAUCAAAUAGAUAUCUCAGUAUUAAGUUGUGUGGAUUGGGCCCUGUCCGAAAACAUUUGGUCCUUGACCAAACAGUUCCCAAUACCUAAAGAGCACCAGAGGAAUGGAAAAACCUUUACCUGUAAAGUUCAAAGGCCCUUCAAAUCCUGGACAUCCAAACCUACUGGAAACAUUUUUGGCGAUCCUACCAUACAGCUUGCUGUUGUUCCCAGUGUUGGUCAGUCUAGUUCAGACCAACAGAAGCUGCUGUGUUCUGUGACAGGAUUCAACCCAAAUAUCAAGUGGCUAUCAGAUUCAGUGGUUAAACCUGGCCGAGAUUUAGACCUCACAAUGAUGGAAGAUGGACGUGUGAAAGUAUACAGUGAGAUAUCAGUGCCACGGCAAGAGUGGAAUCAAGGGAUCACUUACACCUGUGAGAUUAAUAACGGACUCGGUGAAAGAAGUGCUGAGAAAAACACCAGUAUUUGUGCAGCACAAUCUUUGUCCAAACCUUCAAUACAAAUGAAGAAAUCUCAUCUCAGAGACAUUAUACAGGAGAAUAAGGUCACAGUUACCUGUGUUGUUGAAGCACCAGACAACACUAAAGUGUCAUGGUUGACAGAUAGUGCAAGGAAAACAGCCACCACAGAAUACAGAGACCAGUUCAAUAAUACUGUGAGCAACUUGACUUUGUUCAGAAAUGAUUGGUUGACCCUUAAGACCGUUGUUUGUACAGCUAAACAUCCAUGUUUCCCAGAAGUGAAGGAUGAAAUUCAAACUGUUAAUAUAAAGACAGAUCCUGUAGUGGUGAUCAGGAGGCGUUUCGUGAAAUCAACGCAGACAGACAGUCCUGUGCUGGAGUGUGUUGUAAAUGGUCUCCCGUCUGGUGAGGUCUGCAUCAACUUCCAGGCAAAUCAAAUAGAUAUCUCAGUAUUAAGUUGUGUGGAUUGGGCCCCGUCCGAAAACAUUUGGUCCUUGACCAAACAGUUCCCAAUACCUAAAGAGCACCAGAGGAAUGGAAAAACCUUUACCUGUAAAGUUCAAAGGCCCUUCAAAUCCUGGACAUCCAAACCUACUGGAAACAUUUUUGGCAAUGCUACCAUACAGCUUGCUGUUGUUCCCAGUGUUGGUCAGUCUAGUUCAGACCAACAGAAGCUGCUGUGUUCUGUGACAGGAUUCAACCCAAAUAUCAAGUGGCUAUCAGAUUCAGUGGUUAAACCUGGCCGAGAUUUAGACCUCACAAUGAUGGAAGAUGGACGUGUAAAAGUAUACAGUGAGAUAUCGGUGCCACAGCAAGAGUGGAAUCAAGGGAUCACUUACACCUGUGAGAUUAAUAACGGACUUGGUGCAAGAAUUGCUGAGAAAAGCACCAGUCUUUGUGCAGCUGAUAUAAAGACAGAUCCUGUAGUGGUGAUCAGGAAGCGUUUCGUGAAAUCAACGCAGACAGACAGUCCUUUGCUGGAGUGUGUUGUAAAUGGUCUCCCGUCUGGUGAGGUCUGCAUCAACUUCCAGCUUGCUGUUGUUCCCAGUGUUGGUCAGUCUAGUUCAGACCAACAGAAGCUGCUGUGUUCUGUGACAGGAUUCAACCCAAAUAUCAAGUGGCUAUCAGAUUCAGUGGUUAAACCUGGCCGAGAUUUAGACCUCACAAUGAUGGAAGAUGGACGUGUAAAAGUAUACAGUGAGAUAUCGGUGCCACAGCAAGAGUGGAAUCAAGGGAUCACUUACACCUGUGAGAUUAAUAACGGACUUGGUGCAAGAAUUGCUGAGAAAAGCACCAGUAUUUGUGCAGCACAAUCUUUGUCCAAACCUUCAAUACAAAUGAAGAAAUCUCAUCUCAGAGACAAACAGGAGAAUAAGGUCACAGUUACCUGUGUUGUUGAAGCACCAGACAACACUAAAGUGUCAUGGUUGACAGAUAGUGCAAGGAAAACAGCCACCACAGAAUACAGAGACCAGUUCAAUAAUACUGUGAGCAACUUGACUUUGUUCAGAAAUGAUUGGUUGACCCUUAAGACCGUUGUUUGUACAGCUAAACAUCCAUGUUUCCCAGAAGUGAAGGAUGAAAUUCAAACUGUUAAUAUAAAGACAGAUCCUGUAGUGGUGAUCAGGAGGCGUUUCGUGAAAUCAACGCAGACAGACAGUCCUGUGCUGGAGUGUGUUGUAAAUGGUCUCCCGUCUGGUGAGGUCUGCAUCAACUUCCAGGCAAAUCAAAUAGAUAUCUCAGUAUUAAGUUGUGUGGAUUGGGCCCCGUCCGAAAACAUUUGGUCCUUGACCAAACAGUUCCCAAUACCUAAAGAGCACCAGAGGAAUGGAAAAACCUUUACCUGUAAAGUUCAAAGGCCCUUCAAAUCCUGGACAUCCAAACCUACUGGAAACAUUUUUGGCAAUGCUACCAUACAGCUUGCUGUUGUUCCCAGUGUUGGUCAGUCUAGUUCAGACCAACAGAAGCUGCUGUGUUCUGUGACAGGAUUCAACCCAAAUAUCAAGUGGCUAUCAGAUUCAGUGGUUAAACCUGGCCGAGAUUUAGACCUCACAAUGAUGGAAGAUGGACGUGUAAAAGUAUACAGUGAGAUAUCGGUGCCACAGCAAGAGUGGAAUCAAGGGAUCACUUACACCUGUGAGAUUAAUAACGGACUUGGUGCAAGAAUUGCUGAGAAAAGCACCAGUAUUUGUGCAGCACAAUCUUUGUCCAAACCUUCAAUACAAAUGAAGAAAUCUCAUCUCAGAGACAUUAUACAGGAGAAUAAGGUCACAGUUACCUGUGUUGUUGAAGCACCAGACAACACUAAAGUGUCAUGGUUGACAGAUAGUGCAAGGAAAACAGCCACCACAGAAUACAGAGACCAGUUCAAUAAUACUGUGAGCAACUUGACUUUGUUCAGAAAUGAUUGGUUGACCCUUAAGACCGUUGUUUGUACAGCUAAACAUCCAUGUUUCCCAGAAGUGAAGGUUGAAAUUCAAACUGCUGAUAUAAAGACAGAUCCUGUAGUGGUGAUCAGGAGGCGUUUCGUGAAAUCAACGCAGACAGACAGUCCUGUGCUGGAGUGUGUUGUAAAUGGUCUCCCGUCUGGUGAGGUCUGCAUCAACUUCCAGGCAAAUCAAAUAGAUAUCUCAGUAUUAAGUUGUGUGGAUUGGGCCCCGUCCGAAAACAUUUGGUCCUUGACCAAACAGUUCCCAAUACCUAGAGAGCACCAGAGGAAUGGAAAAACCUUUACCUGUAAAGUUCAAAGGCCCUUCAAAUCCUGGACAUCCAAACCUACUGGAAACAUUUUUGGCGAUCCUACCAUACAGCUUGCUGUUGUUCCCAGUGUUGGUCAGUCUAGUUCAGACCAACAGAAGCUGCUGUGUUCUGUGACAGGAUUCAACCCAAAUAUCAAGUGGCUAUCAGAUUCAGUGGUUAAACCUGGCCGAGAUUUAGACCUCACAAUGAUGGAAGAUGGACGUGUGAAAGUAUACAGUGAGAUAUCGGUGCCACAGCAAGAGUGGAAUCAAGGGAUCACUUACACCUGUGAGAUUAAUAACGGACUUGGUGCAAGAAUUGCUGAGAAAAGCACCAGUAUUUGUGCAGCACAAUCUUUGUCCAAACCUUCAAUACAAAUGAAGAAAUCUCAUCUCAGAGACAUUAUACAGGAGAAUAAGGUCACAGUUACCUGUGUUGUUGAAGCACCAGACAACACUAAAGUGUCAUGGUUGACAGAUAGUGCAAGGAAAACAGCCACCACAGAAUACAGAGACCAGUUCAAUAAUACUGUGAGCAACUUGACUUUGUUCAGAGAUGAUUGGUUGACCCUUAAGACCGUUGUUUGUACAGCUAAACAUCCAUGUUUCCCAGAAGUGAAGGAUGAAAUUCAAACUGCUGAUAUAAAGACAGAUCCUGUAGUGGUGAUCAGGAGGCGUUUCGUGAAAUCAACGCAGACAGACAGUCCUGUGCUGGAGUGUGUUGUAAAUGGUCUCCCGUCUGGUGAGGUCUGCAUCAACUUCCAGGCAAAUCAAAUAGAUAUCUCAGUAUUAAGUUGUGUGGAUUGGGCCCCGUCCGAAAACAUUUGGUCCUUGACCAAACAGUUCCCAAUACCUAAAGAGCACCAGAGGAAUGGAAAAACCUUUACCUGUAAAGUUCAAAGGCCCUUCAAAUCCUGGACAUCCAAACCUACUGGAAACAUUUUUGGCGAUCCUACCAUACAGCUUGCUGUUGUUCCCAGUGUUGGUCAGUCUAGUUCAGACCAACAGAAGCUGCUGUGUUCUGUGACAGGAUUCAACCCAAAUAUCAAGUGGCUAUCAGAUUCAGUGGUUAAACCUGGCCGAGAUUUAGACCUCACAAUGAUGGAAGAUGGACGUGUGAAAGUAUACAGUGAGAUAUCGGUGCCACAGCAAGAGUGGAAUCAAGGGAUCACUUGUCAAACUAAAAAUAAUACUACAACUGCUGAGAAACGCGCCAGUAUUUGCACAGUGAUUGCACCAUCCAGUCAGCGGGCAGAGGUCUACCUGGUGGGUCCAUCCCUCAGUAGUGUGAGAUCUGACACCUCUGUGACUUUGACAUGUUUGGUGGUUGGUCAGAGUGUCAAGUUGUUCUCCAUUCAAUGGAAAGUCAAUGGUAAGGUUCCCAAUCCAAAAGGCCAUGAACAAGAGCCUAGAGAUCAUAACAAUGGGACUCAAAGCAAAGAAAGUAUUUUGAAGUGUUCAGUUAGAGACUGGAAUGCAUAUGCUCUCUUCACCUGUGAGGUUAAGCAUCUGUGCUCAACAUAUACACAUCAGAAGAACAUCUCAAAAACUCGAGACCCCAAACAACCCACUGUCAGAAUCCUCAGACCCUCAGAUAGUGAUCUCUCUGGACUCCAAAAUCCCAGCCUUCUUUGUUUAAUCACUGGUUUCUUCCCGUCUGAUAUCUCUGUGCAGUGGAAACUAAAUGGGACGCAACUAGAUGCGUCUCAGUUCACUAACAGUCCUGUGGCUGCUCACACUUCAGGAGGUUUUACAAUGCAUAGUGCCCUGAUGCUGCCUGCAUCAGAGAGGAAGGAUGGCACGUUCUCGUGUGUUGUUUCUCAUGAGUCAUCCCAAAAUCCAAUCAGCGCCACUGUAGAGAACUUGUAUGCCUCGUUGAUUCGCUCUCCUCCAUCUGUAGAGCUGCUGCAGGGUACUAGUGUGCCUGAGCUAGUGUGCCUGGUAUUUGGUUUCAGCCCACCUGACAUCAACAUCACCUGGUGGCUAGGUAAGACUGAGAUGCCUGCCCGCAGCAUCUCUCACCCUGCAAAAGGCCCUGAUGGAAAAUUUAGCAUCCAAAGUCACCUGGAACUCCAAUCUUCAGACUGGGUACCUGGUGAGGUGUACACAUGUGAGGUCACUCAUGUUACUGGUAUCCUGUCUCCUAACAUCUCAACGAAAACAGAAUUGUUUGAAGAGGCUAUAUUUUUGAAUGAGAACAAACCUGAAGCUAUUACACAGGAUACAGUUGAAGAGGCCUGGAACAUGGCCUGUGCCUUCCUCGUCCUCUUCCUCCUUUCUCUUCUCUAUGGGUGCACAGUGACUUUGGUCAAAGUCAGGCUUACAUGAGCAAUAUUUUGUGUUUAUGUUUUCUAGAUUAAUUUGCUUCUUGGUUGUUGUUGUUUUGUUUAUGUCUUUCAGUUGACAUAACUUUGCAAAAUUAUAUGGUAAAUGUCAGCUUUUCGCCUUGUGACCAUUUAAAUAUGAAUGAAAAAAAUAUAUAAACAUUUUUUUUGUUGUUGUUGUUGUUAUUAUUAGCAGUGCAUGUAACA